AUGCAACGACAUGGUUUUAUCAAAUCGUUUUCAAAUGAUUCUAAAGAACAUCAACGGCCAUUAUUUAAUAAUCAAGAUUCAUUAUCGUUCGGACAAUCCAAAGAUAAUAACCGAUCACCUUUGAGAUAUCCAUUUUUGGAUCAUGAUUCACAUAUAUUAAUAGCUUCGGCUGUUCUAAUUCCAAUUAUUUUUACUCUUAUUCUAUGUAUAAUCGUAUGUUGUAUUUAUCGACAUAAUAAGAGACGAUCUCAACGAGAUAUAAAUUCAUCAAUAAAACCUAUCAAUCAUCAACCUGAUAUGGGCGUACCACCAAUCUAUUUUAAUCCCAACUAUAAACCAUUCACUUUGGAAGAACCACCACCAUCCUACGAUCUACUAUCAAAAACAAAAAAUGAUUCAUUAGAUGCAAAAAUAAAUAAUAAUACUCAUUGUAAAAGUACUUGUUGUUCUGGCACGCCUACUUCUCCACAAACAGCAUGUUGCUAUAGUAUUUCAUGGAGAUUCAUAGUACCUGUUAUCAUUAUUGUGAGUCUUUGUGCUAUAGCAUUUUGCUCAUUAUGUUCACGACCAUUUUUGAAACUUUGUGGUUCCGGAUGUAAAUUGCCUUUUGGAAGACAGUCUCGAGUUAUCAGAUCAUGUCCUACAUCAGUCAAUAAUAAUCCUGUUUAUGCAAUCAAUAAUGAUGAUUUACCAGAUUAUGAAACAAUAAGCAAAGAUUCACUAGGAAAAGAUACAACACCACCACCAUAUAAUUUUGUUGCUGCACAUCCAACUGAUUUUGGUAUUGACACAGAUGCUCCAAGUGCACCCCCACAAUAUCGUCCAAGAUCUAGUACAGUAGCUACAAUAGAACCUAACGCACCUAUUUGA